AUGGUCGUCCACGCGGGCGCGCGCGCGUCGACGCGUGCGGAAAUGUUUGAAUCUCUGCACCGCCAGCUUCACACAUCGACGCCGAUGCGCGCGCUAUCGCGCGUCGCCAGGGCGACGAACGCGGGACGAAGAGGCGGUCGUAAGUUUGAAGUGGACGUCGUUCCCAUCGCCGCGUCCUGGACGAGCGCGAGGGAUGAGAGUGAGUCGAUAAAAGUGCGAUGGCGACGACGCGCGAAAACAUCGACGAGCGCAGAAGCGACGACUCGAACGCGGUCGGACGCGUGCGGGACGACGACGGUGACGUGGACGCGCGAAGAAGAGGGAUGCUCGUCCACGGCGACGAUCGCGACGCUGUUCGGGGGUAAAGAUGGGAGAGGUUUCGAGGCGAAGACGUACACGCUGGAAUUGUUGCGGCGACGAGCGAGCGACGGAGCGACGUGGGAGACGACAGCGCGUGGGGAGAUAGAUUUCGCGGAAUUUGCGAACGUAAUGGACGUCAGAGGGUCGAGGGUGACGAUAAAGUUGGAGACGAAGAAUUCCGAACGCUGGGACGCGACGCUGGAGUGUGAAAUACGAGCGCGGUGGUUGCGCGCGUACGACGCUGAUCGAGAAGAUGCGAUGACGGAUCUGUCGUGCGUGUCCGCGAUCGAGAGUCUGUCGGUGGCGACGGAUGUAACGCCAUCGGAUGGGGCAGACGAACAGGAUUUGACCGGGUUCGGGUUGCAAUCGCUUUUGAGUCCCGUCGCGGAGAGCGUGUCGCCCAUCGUCGUGCGACAGAGCGAGCGGCGCGAAGCGAUGGCCCGAGCGGAACUCGAGACGCAAUCGAAGCGCGUGAACGAGCUCGAGGUGGCUCUGGAGACGAUUAAAAAUGAACUCGAGCAAGAACGCGCCAACAGCGCGGCCGAGAAGCGAGCGCACCAGAAGGCGAUGGUCUUGGUGCACGCAGAGAUCGCCACGGCUAAGGAAGACGCGAAGGCGGCGAGCACCGCGAAGGCGUUCGCAGCGGCGAAGUCGCUCGAGGAUAUAGAGGCGCUUGAAUACGAGAAGAAUGCCGCCGUUAGAGCCAAAAAGGAAUUGGAAUUCGAGCGGAACGCCCUUGAGAGACGUCUGUACGAGCGCGAAGCCGAUAUUGCCCGCAUGGCAAGUUCUCGGGAAGUGACAGAGAGCGUCGCGCGAGACUUGGAACUCGAGAGAUCGGCACACAUAAAAGAGAUUGAGCGGUACAAGGCGCAGUUGGACGCAGCCGAUGCGCAGUUGGACGCUUUGCUCAUGUCGCACAGGAACGAAAAGGCUGAAUUCAAUCGAGAACUGGAACGACAGACAAAAUUGCGCUUUGAGACCGAAAGGUCACUCGAGUCAGAGCUCGAAGUGGCGCACGCCGAGGCCGAUGAUUUACGUCAGCAAUUUCAGAACUUAGUAGCGGAGACGACGGCGUUGCAUUCGGCGUUGAAGAAGUCAGCCAACGAACAGAAAAAUACGCAAAUUAACAUCGCCCUGGCCGAGGCGGCACAGGCAAAAUGUGAUUUGCGCGCUGUGACGGAGGAGCUUCACGACGUUCGUCUAGUGCUCGAUUCGCACGUUAACGAACUUAUCGCGUGUAAGCUGGCGGUUGCCGAAACGCAGCACGCUGAGCUCAAACUGCGCAGAGAGCUACAUCGUUCUAGAGAAAAAGCUUUGAGUUACGCCGAGCGUUGCACGCGAAUGGAACGUUUAUAUACGCGAAUGGAACGUUUAUACGCUGAGCAAAUUUGUUCCACGAAUGCCGUAGACGCUGCCGCGGAAGUACUCUCUUAG